GAGCACAUGUAGUCAGAAUUAACAGUUUUUACAACCUCAUACAUAGGUUUAUAUCUACAUAUAUACAUCUAUCAAAAACUCAAACAAGCUUGACAACUUUUUUAUCAUGAGGAAAAAAGAAGUACUCUCACCUCAGAGGGAACAGGAAUUCAUUGAUGAUUGUCUACGCCAUGUUGGAAGUAAACAGCAUUUAUUUUACGAAACACAUGUUUGUGCCAUAUUUCGUGUACGUGCUAAUGCAGCAGAACAUUUCACUGAAACAAGAGCAUUACAACUACUGGAAAAAUAUCGUCGUAAACGACAAUCCCAUUGUACUGGAAGUUUAUUAGAAGAUCGUAUUAGUUUUGAACGAAACAAAUCAUCCGGUAAGAUACCAUUUCGUCCAUGGGUAACAUAUAAGGAAAUUAAAGAAAUAUUCAUCAACAGAGUUAGACCAGUUUUUUUUGUACUAUGUAUAGAUUCUAUGUAUAGUACUAUGAAAUAUUAUGAGAUAUAUAAAUGUAAAAUUCCUGAAACAGCGCAAACAGUUUGUGACUAUAUUAGACGUGCAAUGACUGAUACAGAUAAAGUACUGCGUGACUUAACAGCUAUUCGACAAGUUUUUGUGGAUGAUGUAGGUCGUGUACGUUCAGUGAGUAAUUUUGAACUUGAAAACAACCGUGCAACAAUUUCCGUAGCAGAGAAUCAUCAUAGUUAUUAUGCACAAAAUGAUAUUAGUCCUACUUAUUUAACAUCACCAGCUACAGUUUCACCCUUGAAACAGAGUUAUAACCCAUCACUUAGUGCUAGUGCUAAACGUCGAACUAUUGACAGUCUGUUAGAUGUAACCUAUCUCACAUACGAUCCACACAGAGGUAUUACAACCAAUAGAUAUGGACCUGUGUAUUUGUAUUUGUAUAGACCAAAAUGUCCAGGAACUUUAGGAAAUAAUUCACUUUACUCGGAUAGACAUAGUACUUACAGUUAUGUGAAUGAAGAUCAUCAUAUGAUCACACCAUACAGAUAUUAAAGUUAAACAAACUGUCAACUAUUUUUUUCCAAACGUUCAUUCAUAAAGAAUAAAGAUUGUUUGCUUUUGUUUUUAAUUUUCUAAUGUUACCUAUCAUAAGUUGAUUGAUAAUAUACAAAAAUGAAUAAUGUAAUAACAGGAAUUCUUAUUGAUAAUAUUCUUCAAGUAUUUUGAUUUUAUGAACUUAUCAAUUUUUUUUUCCAUGGAUCUGCAACAUUUUAUUGCCUAUGACUGGCUAAUUUUCGAUCAUUUCGGCUUUCGAUAAUUUUCUAUUUUACUGUUUAUUAGCCGUUCUUCAAUUCUGUUGUAUUUUCCUAAUUUUCUGAAUGUAACACACUUCACAUAUAUAAUCACUGCCAUUGAUUAACAUGCUUCUUUUUUAUUUCAAUUCAAAUAAUUGACCAUUUGUACAUGUAUAUAUACAUAUAUAUUUAUAUAUAUUUAUAUUAUUUAUAUCUGUGCAACAAAACAAAAAACGACAAAGCAGUACAGUAUGAAUGUUAAUUUUUUUUAAAAUUUACAUAGGCAAUAAUUAUAUUUAUUGAGUAAACAAAAAUGCAUACAAUUAUUUAUUAAUCAAAUAAAAUAUUUAAUUAAUUGCAUUAAAAAACAAACAAAGUGAACAUCUAUAUAUUUGAAUAAUU